AUGAAAAUAACAAAGAGCUCACAUAGGGGCACGCGAUCGCCUAACAGAAAACCGAGCAACGGAGAUAUGAUGAUGGAUGUCGAGUGCGCUGAUAACAAUCUGAACUGCUCCAUCGAGGACACUGAUGAAUCAGAAAGGGUGGAGACUUCGGUUGUCUGCGCUCUGGAUUUCAUUAAGGCAGGGGCUUCCGCGAUGUACGGUUUUUUGAGUUUCGUGACUGACUUUUUGUAAAAGUAUUAUCAACAGACCCUGGAUCUUUUCAUUAGCAUUGAUGAAUUCAAUUACUUCAAAGUUGACGGAAACUGCGAUGUUUGUCUGGGUGGUUCCCGUGUUGUUGGCCCACGGGAUACGUAAGGUAGCAAUGGUGGGCACGGUGGCAACUGCGAUCUCUCUCGUGAUGAGUAUGAGCUUUGUGAGGAAAACGCCUCCGGAGAGAUCAACGACCUUGAAGACCCUUCACGCGUCCAAGAGGGUGACGGAGAGAACCCAGGGGGCGCUUCUAGGGCUGCGGUUCCUACUGAUGGCACUAGGAAGAAGGAUGGGAUAACCGAAAAGGAGAAUUUUGGCAGGGAAGCCGACAGGGAAUCUCCGCGGCGACCCCUCAAGCAUGAACAGUGUCGUAUCAUCAAUAAGAUAAUUGAUGGAGUGAGGCCAGCUUCCGAGAAGAAGGGUUCUAUGAAGCAAGCAAAAGACUUGGGGCCAACGACGGCAGGGUGGAUGAACAGGCCGAGUUUUCAGCUGUCGGGGACCUCGGGAAUGUGUGGUUGCCGGGGGAGCUUGAACAGGGACCCACAGGGUCUCCAGUCACUGCCAAGAGGGAGGAGAUGAAACCGGGCGGGCAGAAAGUUAUCUGA